GCCCGCGCCCGCCGCCGCCGCGAUGCUGUGGCUCCUGGUGGCGCCGCUGGCCCUGGCGCUCGCCUACUUCGCGCUGCUGGACGGCUGGUACCCGGUGCGCCUGACGUGGGCCUUGCUGCGCGCGCGCCUGCUGCAGCCGCCUGUCCGCGACCUGCUGGCCGAGCAGCGCUUUGCCGGCCGCGUGCUGCCCUCCGACCUGGACCUGCUGCUGCACAUGAACAAUGCGCGGUACCUGCGCGAGGCCGACAUGGCGCGCAGCGCGCACCUGGCCCGCUGCGGCGUGCUGGGGGCGCUGCGCGCGCUCGGGGCGCGCACCGUGCUGGCUGCCUCGUGCGCGCGCUACCGCCGCUCGCUGCGCCUGCUCGAGCCCUUCGAGGUGCGCACCCGCCUGCUGGCCUGGGACGACAGCGCCUUCUUCCUGGAGGCUCGCUUCGUCAGCCUGCGCGACGGCUUCGUGUGCGCGCUGCUGCGCUUCCGCCAGCACAUGCUGGGCACCUCACCUGAGCGCGUCGUGCAGCACUUGUGCAAGCGCAGGGUGGAGUCCCCGGAGCUGCCGUUAGACCUUCAGCACUGGAUCGCCUACAAUGAGGCCAGCAGCCAGCUGCUCCGUGCCGAGAGUGGGCUAAGCAGCGCUGCCAAGGACCAGUAACCGCUGCCUCCACGCCUGACUGCUCAGCCCAGCCUGGGUCCUGUGCCUGUGUGCCCCUGGGUUUUCAACACCCCUCUGUGCCCGGCCCCACACCAGGCAUGGGUGGGGAUUGCUUGCACACCCAGACUGCUCAGCCCGGGGGGAGAGGAAAGGCAAAGCAGGAGGCCUAGAGCCCCUGGUGAGGGCCAGCAAGGCCCGGUGGGGCUAGGGCAGGUGGAUGGAAGGGGACACGGAGGGGGGACUGGCCAGCACCCUCAGGGUGGAUGCCUCCCCCAGUACUGGCUUCUCUGCUCCAGGCCCAUUCUCAAGAGGACAGGGUGGGCAGCCGGGUUGAGUGGCCGGAAGGGUUGCUGGGGACACUAGCAGGCCACCUGGGGACUGCACUCCUGCAGAGGUGGCUGAGGAGCCCUGUCCAAGCCCCUGGACCCUGCCCCAUCACUGUGCUGCAGGACCCUGUGCUGUGCCCUUGUGCCCUGCCCUCCUGGGACCAGCAGCCCAUCUGCCAUUUCUCCACCCCUGCCCAGCACCCUGCCCUGUUGUCCACUGCUCCCUGCUCCGAGGGGCUGUCCCCCUGGGCUGGCCAGGCUUAGGACAAGGUCUUCUGGGCCCCUCUGCCUUGUCCCCGUGCCCUGUCCUGGCAGCUGCUCUCAGCUGCCCAUGGUGAUGCCAGGCUUCAGGGCCACCUGCUCCCAGCUGACCCCUCACUGACAGUCGCGGAAUGAAGGCUGGAGAGAAUAAGCCCAGGGGUUGAGGGCAGAGCAGGGCAGGUCCCCAGCCCAGGGUGCUGCCUGAUGCCCUCAGCUCCUGGGAAAGGGGUACUGAGGUCACUGAGGUUGGGGGACCCUGGAGGUGGGGUCACUGCAUGCCUGUGUUUGUGUGGCUGCUCAGGGCCAUGUGUUCACCUGCCCUUGCCCCUACUCCUGCCCUGCCAACCUCCAGGCAGGCCAGAGCCUCUGGGCUACCAGUGCUGUCUCCCUGCACCCCCUCUGGGUCCACAAAGCUGGUCCGAGCCAGAGCUGCGCUGCUGCCUGCGCCUGCUCCCGAGCUGUUGUGAUUGCCUUACACCUGCCACAGAAAAGCUGCAAUCUUUGUUUAUUUAAAAAAAGUGCAAAAUUAAAGGUUUUUAAACGUGAUCCUGCUGGGGCAGGGGCUGCAUCACGGGUGUGUUUCCUGGCAUGGGGGCCAGGCUGGCAGGGCAGGGGAUGAGGCCAGAGGUGAUGCCCAAAGCCACUGGGCUGGCCCCAGACCCAGGCCCCCUCUUCCCCAAGUUCUUGAGCCUUGCACUCUCCCCAGGGACACCCUCCCAGGCUUCCGGCUCUGCUCUUCGAGGCUUGGAGCCUCAGUGCCAGACUGGUCGGGUCUGGUCGGACUAGCUCUGAUCCCUGGGCCAGCUGCUGUUGGGAAGUUAAAGGUCAAUGACCACUCGGCCCCACAGUGGGUGGGCUCAGGAUCUCCUUCCUGAACUGCCCAAGGGGCGUCCCCAGUGGGGAGGCAGUGCAGGCCAGACUCAGGCAGACCCCCCAUGGGGUCCCAGUCCUGGGGAGGGCCAGGGGUGGAGAAGAGGGUCCUAGAGACAGAUCUGCAGGCAAGGCCAGAAUCCUGGAGGAUGCCUGGGUGAAAGGGGCCAUCCGAGGUGGGGAACCCCAAGAGGCCUGUUUUGGGGAAGCAAGGGUGUGGGGAGGUCUGCCUGGGGAGGAGAGCAUUGCAACCUGGUGGUGCCAGGCCUGCAGGUGGGCACCUGAAGCUGCUUGAUGUCCCUCAGCCACAAGGGGGUAGAGCAGCUGCCCCAAUGGAGGGCCUCCCAGCCUCUGCCGCCAAUGGCCGCUGGCUGCGCCACAUCCCCCCAGGGCCCAGGGAUGUAGGUCUCCUCUCGCUGAGUGCGGUUCCAUGCGCCCUCGCGCCCCACCUGGCGUCCAGCCCUAGACCUCCUUGGAGCCUGUGGACGGUCGUCCACCUCAUGGGUGGGGAAACUGAGGUGUGAGCAGGGAAUGCCCGACCUGGGUCUUGGGGUGUCCCAGGCCAAGAUGCUGGUCCCCAUGGGGCCCUCGGUUGGGGAGGCCCCUGCUCUCCAGGUGCAAGGAGGGGUGGUCCUUCUUUGACCCCUCCCUGCCGACUUAAAGUAAUACUUGCUCAUUUGCCAGCCAGGCAGCCCUGGGGAGGGACGAGUUGGACAGCAAUUCACGGUCUCCCUCUUCGUUUUUGACCUUCCCAUGUCCCCACCUGUGGCCUCUCUUAGUUCAACCGGGGCAGCGUGCGUUUCCAACGCCGGUCAGCUCCCAGCGGGCUCCCAGCCUCCCUGCUGCCUCCGCGGGACGGCUGGCAGGGCUCAGAGCUCAGAGCGGAGGUUUCGGCAGGGAGGGGGCCCUGGCGGCCCUGCUCUCCCGGCGGAGGCUCGGGAGUCCUUGCAGCGCGGGACGCCCUCUCCUGGCCACGUGAUGCAGUGCAGGUGGGGAGCCCUGCAGGUAUUCCCCCCGCCUCCCACCACAUCUGCACCUCGGAAGAGCCUGGGGUCUUCAUCUGUGCGAAGCUGAGGGCCGUCACCGGGGCGGGCGAGGCCCUGGGCCCAGCUCAGUGGUGGCUCCAAGGAGGGAGCCGUAGGCACGCGUCAAGAGGCCAGGUGGGGUGCUCCCGUAGGCUCUGCCAGCAGUCCUGGCUGAGGGCCGCUCCCAGGACAUUUUUUCAUUCCCUGGCGUUUCUAGGAAAGCCUUUGGGUAUGGGGGGGAGAGGCGAAGGUGGGGACCCUGAUCUCUGCACGCUUCACAGAGAGGGAUGAGCCCUCAGGGCAGGGUUCUGAGGGGCUGGUCACUCCCCCAUGCCUCUUGGGCCCCUGCUUGCUUCUUCCCGCACCCACCCAGCACCUUCAGGGGCCAGCGGGAACCAGGGCCUUAGAACCCAAGACCUCACUGGCCAGAACCCAGAAAGUGCUCGGCCCCUGGGGAGUUCCCACCAGUGCCCUGGGGCUGCUUGGCUUCUGCCUUCCCUUUAUGUGCUGAUGUGGGGGAGGGGGCAAUGAGGGUGAAGCAGGAGCCUGAAGGCCAGCUCUCCUGGAUCCUAAGGGCUCUGGAUGCCUGGGGAGGGGAGUUCAGCAGGUGGCUCAGGCAGACAGAGCCAACCCCAGGGGCUGAGGCUCCUGCAGGCCCAGCCUUCCCUGAGCUGGCACUGGCCUGGGUGUCCCGUGGGCACGAGUUCAUCUAGUCCCAGCUGUCUUAAGGGGUGAGGACUGGGCAUGGACGUGCAUGGAUGCCCACAGAUGCACACCCGUCACAAACACCUGAGAAGCCUAGGGUGAGGCAGAGCCAAACACGCCCACCCUUGAAGGAGGCUGGAUUCGCUCUGAGCUUCCUUCCCAGCCAGGGUGGGUGGGGUGACACCUCCAGGGUUUGAGGGAAGACUGAGGGGCAGAUUUUCCCUGAGCUAAGAAAUGGGGCCUGGUUUGAAACGCUGGGGGGCUGGUUUGCUGGAGGGAUAACCCAGGGUACACUUCUCCCCCAGGCCUGUCUCUGCAUCUGUGGAAUGGUCCCAAGAGGCCGAGGUGGCAGGGAGGGUCGAGUAGACAGUCCAGCUGUUCUGAAGGCACUCGGGAAGGAAAGGGCGGUCCCCACCCUUGCCUCUUUAUUGUCUAGAAGUUUGGGGUACGCAGGGCAGAGUGCCCCAUCUCGCCUCCCGUCCCAUGUGUGACUAGAGGCCCCGUCAGGAAGGAGGUGCCCAAGAAGCUUGGCCCCCAGCGUGGCCGGGGUGCCGGGCCUGGUCUACCCAAGAAGCUCGGCCCCCAGCGUGGCCGGGGUGCCGGGCCUGGUCUACCCUUCGACAUUGCAGAGGUUGUGGAAGCAGCAGUAGAUGGGGUGGAGAGCUCCGAAGCUGUCGGGGUCGGUGGCCACACAGGAGGUGGAGCAGGAGCGGGUUACCACGGGGCUCCCAUUGAAGGGGUAUUCUGCAGAGGGCAGCCACGUCAGAGCCCCCGCCCAGUGCUGCCACCACCCCGCCCCACUCUUCCCACGCCCUUAACCUUGCAGCUCCCACCCCCUGUUGGCCCUGCCUACCCCAGCCCUAAGGGCCCAAUGUGGGAAGUCACCCUGCCCCGACUCCCCAUCCCCUGACUGAAGUAUUUACUGACGAUGGCACCGGGCCGGCUGUAUUGAGCAUCAGUGCAGUCUGAGAAGGGAGCCCCAAAGGCUGAGGCAGAGGUGGGGGUGGGGCCCCAACGGGGCCCUGCUCCUCUGUACCUGCCCUGCCCCCAGCACCUGGCACCCCAAGACAAAGUCCUUGAGGGGCUGCCCCUCCCUAGCUGCCUCUCCUGCUCCCCCACCUCCCAGGGCCAGUGCUGUCCUGAGAGGGGCUUGGAUUGGGCUGUAGAGGUGGAGUCUCCAGCCCAUGGAGGGAGAGGGAGACGUUUGGGGGCAACUCUGCCCCUGCUGGGGGCCCGGUCUCACCCGACUCCACAGUCACCACAGUGGUCAU